CAGUAACCGGUACCGUACGCAAAACAAUUACCGACUUGGCACCAAGUCUACUUCCGGGUGUGCAACUUUCAGUUUUGUUGUGCAACUUUGAGUUUUGGGGGCAUAAUAGACCGCUUUUUGCUGUAAACAGUCAAUUCACUCAGGUUUUGUGAGCAGAAGUACAAUAUCAGAAAUAUGGCACCUAGUAGCUACACCGCACUACACACUCUUGUGGCGUUCAUAUUUGUUUUAACAUCGGUGCAGUUAGCUAAGUCUUUGACGCUGGACGUAGAAGAUGAAGAUCGCUUCCCUGUUCCCAAUUCCGAGGUCCGGCUGACGUGCUCCGGUCAUCACGACGGCAUCUUAACCUUCAGCGGCAAUCCACAAACAGAAGGGAGAGUUGUCUGGACCAAGGACAGGCAGAGAGUGGCAGAGUGGCCAAAACCAGCCGGAACGGAGACACCAAGUAAGUACGAGCUGUCGGCAGACACACCCGAUUAUACCAUGUUCUUUGCUGACCUCGUGAUCCGUUCCAUGGACAUAACAGAUAACGGUGUGUACAAAUGUAGGCUGGAAAGAGGUGAAACGGUACUCGGCACGUCAAACGGGGAGAGAUUGACGGUCGAACAGCGACCAGCAAACCAGUAUCCGGUAUGCUCGAUCCGCACCCUGGAGAACAAGAGAACAUUUAUCUGCGAGUCGGAGAGGGGAAGUCCGCCGGUCACCCUUCAGUGGUGGAAAGAUGGACAACCUCUCGGGCCGUCGAGCGAGCCUGAUGAUGACUUGGAGGACUUUGUCCAGGCUCGCUUGUUGAUGGCGGAUGACGAAUCAAGCAGAGGAAGAUUCGAAUGCGCCUUGACAUUCAGGGGAGAGCUUACCAGAUCUUGCAUCCUGGACCGACCAAACGUGACGAUUCCAACCACCACGAGGGGACUGAGCAUCGGUCAAGAAUUGGUCGUUGUCUGCAUUACUUCUGGCAAUCCCCCAGUGUCUACCGUUGACUGGAACUUUACACCUAAUCUUCACUCGUCUGUCAGAAAGGAGGGACACGUGCUGUCGAUAUUUAACAUCAGCUCCCGCGACAAUGGAACUGAGAUAACCUGCGAGGGACACAAUGCAGUUGGCAGCAAUCAGGCAAGCACAGUGAUAACCUUACGACCACCUGAACCCAUAGUGCAGCCAAUGACAGUGCGACUUGAACAAUCUGAAAUUCCGACAUCGGUUGACGAACAGGCCCAGUUCAAAUGCAUUACGACCCCCUUGCGCUCUCCUCCUCCCCCAUCUGUAUGGCACUACAAUGGUCAUUACGUCGACCCCUUAAACACCACUGACAGAUUCCUCAUGGAGGACCGUACGGAGCACGUCCUUUCAGUGUCUGGUGUGUCGACCCUGGAUGUAGGAGCCUCGGUAACCUGUCGCAUCAUGGUCAGUUAUCAGCCCAACGCAGAAGUUUUCCUGGAGGUAAGCUUCCCACAAACCACCAAGGCUAUGACUGUCGAGCCAACUACCAAGAUCACCUAUCUCAAGUUGGGGCCUCCAUCAUCGGAUACUUGGUCUCUCAGCACACUGAUGGGGUUCAUCAUCGGAGGUCUGAUGUGCUUGGUCUUGGUGGGAGUUUGUUGCUGGGUCUCCCUCAAGGCCAAGACACUCACGUGUGCCACGCAAGACUCCAAUAACGUCCGGGAGAAUGGUACAGGGACCAGGGCUUCUUGCAACCACCUUAACGAUGACUUCGUGGUGGACCUCGGGAUACCUCCUGAACUGACCGCCCGUCUAAAUAUGGCGACAAAGGUCGUGGAUGAGGAGGAAUCGCCCUACCAGGAUCUGGAGGACGUGUCCCGUCAACGGCAGAGCGAUGAGUACCAACGUCUCGUCAGCAACGACUUAGCCCAUGCACUCACUCCAGAAUCGUCUCAACGAUGAACUGCUUGUAUCAAGUUGUUAGAGAUGGCGUAAGUGCCUUCUUUAUACAUUAAAGAAACUUGGGUCUGAAGGAGGUUUCAAACUUUUAGAUGAAGCUGAGUGAUUAAAUUGAUUAAAAAUAAUUGAUUAAAAUGAUUGAAUAGAUAACUCUAAUAGCUCAGAAAAUUGCCUCGAGUUGGACCAAAUUCUUGUGUACCACGAUGUGCUUCACGGCAACUGUUUCGUUUCAAU